GUUUUGAUUGAGAUUUUAUCUUCAUCAUAAUACAACGAAUUGAUCAUCGCAGGCAGUUGUUGUCGAACAGAUACGAGCUAUGUGAAGAAGCAGCUGCAGGCGUACGUGUGUUGUAACGCCUGAAACAGGGCAAUGAGCUCUGAUGACAACCCCGCUGCAACUCCCACCCCAUGUCAAGAUAUCCAAGGGGAUGGACGCUGGAUGUGCAUGCACAACCGCUUCGUGUCAGACAGCAAAGGGAAGGAGCCUGAUGUUCUCUUUGUGGGAGACUCCCUUGUACAGCUCUUGCAUGAAUUUGAGAUCUGGAGGAAACUGUUUUCCCCACUCCAUGCCUUAAAUUUUGGAAUUGGUGGGGAUGCUACACAACAUGUACUGUGGAGACUCGGCAAUGGUGAACUGGAUCAUAUCAGUCCAAAGGUUGUGGUAUUAUGGGUAGGGACAAAUAAUCAUGGUAACAGCCCACAUCAGAUCUGUGAUGGCAUCAUGGAAAUUGUGAAGUUGAUCAACCAGAAACUCCCUCAUGCUCAUACUCUUGUGCUGGGCUUGCUGCCCCGUGGCAAGAACCCUAACCCACUGCGGGAGCGCAACGCCGAGGUGAACGAGCUGGUGCAGGCUGAGGUGGCCGCCCUCCCGCACGCCUCCUUCCUGAACGUGGACCCCGGCUUUGUGCACUCCGACGGCACCAUCUGGCACCAGGACCUGUACGACUACCUGCACCUGACGCCACCAGCCUACCAGAAGGUGUGCGAACCUCUCCAUGAUCGCAUCAAGGCCCUGCUGGACCAGCCGGCCGAAAACCAGGUGUCCUGAGCAGCAGCCCACCUUCACCUGCUCACCUGGUUGCAAAUGCAAGCUCUAACAUGCCCUUAUGACCCCCUUAUACCCUCUAAUAGCUGUGCCUACUAAAGCUUACUUGAGGUCUGUAAUGUCAUGUUAUCUGUUCAAAAACUAGAUAGAAUUAUUCAGGCUGCAUACUGUGUAAAAUUGUCUCAGUGAAUUUAUUUUGUUGCUUGAUGAAAUCCUACACUGCAUUUGCUGUUGCAGUCUAAGGCCUAAAACCAGCUGUCAUAUCAGUAUGUAUCAGCACCUUGUGGAUUUUAGGCCAAUGAGCCAUGCCAUUUGUGAAUACAUAACUCAUUUGGCUCGCACCACAAAUGUGGCUAUUAUUUGUCAGGAACAUGUCACCAUGUGUCUCACCAAAGGCAUCCACCCUGUCCUAGUGAGCUGAAGGCCUGCUCAUAAAUCAAAUGGUUAGAUUUGAACUGACUGGACUCAGACUAACAGACACCUAAUGACCUUGUCUCUGACUUCCCAAAUCUUUUAGUUCCUGAGGACUGUUAAACAAUCCUUAAAGGGACUCUGCCUCACUGGAAGCUUGCUUUUGACACAGCACCAAAUCCUUUAAAGCACAUAAGCUAUCUCGCACACCAGAGAGGUUGUUUGCAGCCACACAAUGAUGGUGAUGUUGUGAAUAUGCUUUUGCUUUGCUGGCAUUCGCUGGUUUUGUUUGGACCAAGUUGUUUUGUUUUUGUUACUGUUUUGUUGUCAUUUUUCAACUGUAUCAUUGCUGAACUCAAUACAAUAUACAAAAAACAA